UGCUGCUGUGCUGCACUGCCUGGUCUGCGCGUCCAUCACGACCUCAGUCAGACCUGUUUUCUAAUUAAUCCGUGGGAACCAAGUGCUUGUCCUCCUUCGCAGGGGCUAGUAUCAAGGCGUCGUGAAACGGGAAGCGAGUCCCGGCGGCGUCAGAACAGAACGCAAAGGGGCCUUCUCAAAAGGCGGCUACAAGUAAGACUCGUUUUGCACGAGAGAUGGCCGGCGCUGCGGGAGGAGCUGUCGGGCCGCUUUCGGCGGAGGGCCUUCACGCGGUGCUGCUGCACACCUUCACCUCCGAUGCUGCUCAACGGAAGGCUGCCGAGGCCCAGCUGGCUGCCUUGUGCCAGGCGCCGGAGUGCCUGAUGCUGCUGCUCCAAAUCGUCGUCGAGCCACAGGUGGACAGGGCGGUGCGGCAAGCUGCGGCAAUCGCCCUGAAGAACACGGUUCGGGGGAAGUGGUCCCCUGACCCCGAGGCUAAGACGCCUGCCACCUUCCUACCAGAGCACAAGGCAACGUUCAGGGUGAACCUCUUUGAGGCCCUCCUUCGGGAGACGGACAGCAGCGUGAGAGACAUACUGGCGGAGACGCUCAGGCUGGUAGCCUCCUACGACUUCCCCGAUCAGUGGCCCACUUUGAUCCCCACCAUAGUGACCCAGCUGCAGACGGGGGAAGUCCUACGUGUGCACAACGCGAUGUUGGCUCUCCGCAAGGUGGUGAAGCGUUUCGAGUACAAGCCGAAGGAGGCUAGGGGUCCCCUCCUUGAGGUCAUGCGCGUGACGCUUCCACUGCUGCUCAACAUGUCCAACCAGCUCCUCGCCGAGGACUCCAGUGAGGCCGGGCAGGUGCUGAAAAUCGCCCUCAAGGUCUUCUGGUCCUGCACGCAGUUUGCGAUACCAUCAGGGGCAGACUUGGAGGCCCUCAACGUACCCGGAUGGAUGGACUUGUGCUCAAAGGUACUCGCGAAACCGCCAGCUGGGCAGCCUGAAGAAGAAGACGACAGGGUCAUGUGGCCCUGGUGGAAGGCCAAGAAGUGGGCCGGCAACAUCGCGCAAAGGUUCUUCACCCGGUACGGCCAGCCCCACUACGCCGAGGAGAACAUGACCGACUUCGCGGAGGCGUUCUCCAAGCAGCUUGCCCCCAAGUUGCUAGAGCAGGUGAUGAACACGUUGGCGAUGCGGUCGAGGGGGGAGUACUGCACGGACCGCGUGGUGCACGCCUGCCUGGUGUUCGUGGGACCGGCGACGGAGCUGUCUCACACGUACAAGCUGCUCAAGCCACACCUGGACUUCCUCCUGUUCCAGGCGGUCUUCCCCGAGCUCUGCCUGUCCAAGAAGGACAUCGCGACGUUUGACGCAGACCCUCACGAGUUCAUCCACAAAAACAAUGACCCCUCGGAGGACUACCUGUCGCCCAGGGUCCCCGCGGUGAACUGCAUCAUCGACCUCGCCAAGUACAGGGGCAAGGACAUUCUUCCCAGGCUCUUAACAUACGCCCAGAACGUUUUGACGACGUACGCGGCGACGCCGGAGGACCAACGCGACCACCGUGCGAAGGACGCAGCCUUGGUUGCCCUUGGGAGCCUGUCGACGGUCCUUCUCCGGUCGAAGAAGUACAAGAAGUCUUUGGAGACGCUCAUUGUCCAGCACGUACUGCCGGAGUUCCAGAGCCCCGUGGGGGCCGUUCAUGAGAUAUCGCGCGUGCUGGAUGGUGCAAAGAUUUGCUCAGGCGGAGUUCAAAGACCCGCAGACGAUAAUGCACUGCCUCAANUAUGCUUACGGGAUAGCUCCCUCCCAGUCCAGAUCGAAGCUGCGUCUUCGCUUCGGUACCUGAUUGAGCUCGACGAGGCGGAAGAGCCCGUGAGGCAGGUGCUGCCCGACAUCCUCAACGAGUACUUCCGCAUCAUGCAGGAGAUCGGCCUUGACGAGGUGGUGGCGGCGUUGGACCUGAUCAUCGAGAAGUUCCAGGACCACAUCGCACCCCACGCCUCGGCGCUCACGCAUCAGCUCACGAGAUGUUUCUUGGAAUAUGCCUCGGCGGGUAGCGACGACGAUGAUGCGGCGAUGGCGGCGAGUCAAGUCAUCGAGGCCGUCUCUACCGUGCUGCAGAGCACCAAGGCAGUGCCGGAGCUCUUCCCGGCGAUGGAAUCGCACCUCUUGCCUAUGCUUGCGCAGGUUUUCUCGGAAGAUGGAGAUUUGAUAGAGUACAUCGAGAACGCCUGCGACGUCCUCAGCUUCCUGACGUACUACGGGGCCGGCAUCAGCGAGCAGCUGUGGAGCGUUUUCCCGAUGCUUUACCGCACCUGGGACAAGUGGGCCUUCGAUCUCAUCUCCAACAUGGCUGUGCCGAUAGACAACUACAUCAGCCGUGGCACAGACGUCUUCAUUGCCGGGAGAAGUGCCGAGGGCGACAGGUACAUCGAAAUGUUGCUAGACAUGUGCGGGCGCGUGAUGAAGGACGAGCGGCAAUCGGAGAAGGAGGCCAGGACUGCGGUGCAGCUGAUGAUGGUUGUGCUCCACAACUGUAAGGGCAGGAUCGACGAGUACAUCCCCCCCAUCCUCGCGAUGCUCAGCGAGCGCGUACGGACCGCAGAACAGGCGGAGCUGAAGUCGGCCUUGUUGGAGGCGGUCGCGAGUGCGCUCUACUACAACCCGCAGCUUGCCCUGCAGUGGACUGAGGCGAACAAUGCCACCCAGGCGAUGCUGACGCAGCUGUUCGUCUGCAUGGAGGCACAGGUGUUCGACAACAACCUCUCCAAGAAGAUCAUCGCCCUAGGACUCACGUCUCUCCUGUCCCUGCCGUCGACAUCUCUGCCGCCCUCCGUCAUCCAAGUCUUGCCGCACGCCUUCGGUGCUGUUGUGAACCUAGUAACCGAGGAGAUUAAGUACCUGGCGUCAGUGGAGGCCGAGGGGGAGGAGGAGGAAGAAGAAGAGGAGGAGGAGGAGGAGGAGGAGGAGGAGGAGGAAGAGGAGGUGGAUGAAGACGGGUUCGAUGACGACCAGGACGUGAAAAACGAAGAGGACGUGGUAUACAUGAAGAACUUCCACGCGACGAACAAAGAUACGAUCGAGGAGUACUUGAACGGCUGGAAUGACGAGGACGAGGAGGACGAGCAGUUCUCGACACCGAUAGACGAUGUCGACCUGAGGAUGUUCUUCUACGAGUCGUUCCGCGUGGCAAACGAGCGAGAACCGGAAGCCAUGCUGCGGCUCCAGCAACAGCUCAAGCCAGAAACGCUCAAGGAGUGCCAGGAGCAUUUCGCAGAGGCGCAGAAGCAACAGGCAGCGACGGCCGCGGCGGCCGCGGCGGGAGGUACACCAGCAUGACACAAACCUUGCGGGGCCGUGACAAACGCAUGUGGCGUAAGAAGGAAUUGGCGGCAAAGUAUACCGUUCUAGACAUGGGGUGACGCGUUGGCGGAAAGGCUCCUGGUUGUAUUUGCAGGGGGGAGUGCGGAGGCACAAAAAUUUGUAGACUCGGAUUGGUUGGAGGGACGAAGCGGGCCGAUUUGUAUGCUUCUGUUUUCUGGGGAAGGAUGACGCCCAAUGUGAAAGAGGGGAUCGCUCUUGACAGACGCCGGGAAGAUUAAUCCUUUACUUUUUGCGUAGGUCUGUCCUCGACAGGUCGACCCUUUUUUCCACGGAUAAGUAGGUCUCACCUCCCCUGAGGGGGCGAUGCUGGAACUGAUCAGAGAUGCCCAGUGGUUCCAAGAAGAUGUGUGCCUCUGGAUAUCAUAUGGAUGUGCUCGUGGCUUUCGACCGGAACUAAGAGCGAUAUUUUGCCCCUGUGUUGUUGUAUCAUGUACUUCUCUUGGCGGGGUGUGCCAGCGAAAAUUCGUCUCAAACGCCCUUGUCGCACAGACCUGAAGUUUCGUUUGGUCAAGGUAUUAACUUUCGUCGUAACGGACGCGUCGUGGUUGUCGUAAAUCGAGUACAUAUCCGAUACACUGAGCAGCUCGUGAGGGUGCGACACUGUGUAGUUCGGUCUUCGUUUGUUCACAGUCCAUUGGCUGGUCCCCCUAGAAGCGUCAAGGUCGUGGUUCUCGAGAGGGUAAGGGUUGGGUUAGGGUCUGUCUGUCCUCUAGCUGAAGAGCUGCGAUCCGGGUUCACACAAAAAGUUUUUCAUGUAUGUCAUGUAACACCGCUUGAACAAGUUGGUUUGAACUUGUAAUGCACAAUCCGUGAGAAUCCCUACUGCCGCAAAAUGUUUGGCUCUGGUUGACUUGGUCUAGCUUGGUACUCAAUGAAGCGACUUUGGGAACGGCAUGCAGUGCUCCCUACCGUCGAUCGAUUCCCGAGGUCGAGACAAACACAGGGAACCCCUGCGAACUCUGCUCGUCGGUUCUGUUGUCAUGAACAGUUUGCGAACGUGUUUGGGGAUUACGUUCCGGGGAUCUAAAUCGGACACGUACUCGUAGAAUACUGCGGUGCAACAGACAGCAGAUUUUGCUUGUCGACGCAAGACGAACACCGCCCUGGUAUAGAGUCACCACGACCCGCUGCUCAUGUGCGUGGAAGAAGUGAUUUGAGCCAGAGAUAGCCCCACAAUCACAUGGUUGCAGUGAGCGUUGGCGCUCGUUGUUCUUUCAAUCCCUCAACCAGCGUUACUCAUUUUCAUUUUGUAAGGAGCACCAACACGAGCGCGGCCAGCUGCAGUAGUAAUCGAGCAGGGUGUUGCCCACUUCUUCCUUUUCGCCAGCACUUCUCCGUACACUGAUGGAUUUGUGUUUUGGUCUACCAAGCACCAGCAGAUACUGUCGUCCUCUGGUUGAAUACGCAAAUCCCUGGAGAACGCAACGCAGAAGAAGGGGAAACGCCCAAGGGUGUGGAGUGACAGCGUCACACAUGUGGUAGAUGGCACACCGUGCACAAAUACACACCGGUGGCAGUAUCGAUCAGCAAUGCCGCACAGACUUUUGCGCGCCGAAAUAUGCGUGCGACAGCUUUAACCUAACCACUUCGGUGGAAAGCGGAUUUCUGUUCGAUACGGUGUCGGGAGUGCUGAGGGGGGAGGGCUUGGCCGUUGUGGUUGAAGGUGGCAAGGAAGUAGGAACAGGGGGUGGCAGUGUCGGGGGUCUGGGGGAACAUGGGCUUGAAUGGGGGUUGCCUCAGAAAGAGCAAGACGGCGGAUGUUUCUCUCUUGGUGUGACCGGUGGCAGUAUCGAUCAGCAAUGCCGCACAGACUUUUGCGCGCCGAAAUAUGCGUGCGACAGCUUUAACCUAACCACUUCGGUGGAAAGCGGAUUUCUGUUCAAUACGGUGUCAGGGGUACCAGGGAAGACGGGGCCGAGUUUUGUUUGAUUUCGGGUGGAUGAGGUUGGGGUUUUGUUCGUUUUUCUCCAUCUAAGGUUCGUGCCUAGAGUUCAGCUGUAGUGUUUCGACAAAAGUUUUGUUGACUUAGAGGCAAACAUUCCUAGCUAUUGGGCAUCGAGUUAAUUUGGCUUGGCAUGACGGCCUUUACGAUCGACUUUUAUGUAUGUCUGCAUUUAUCUGCAAUUGUCGGAGGGCAA